AUGUUCACGUCCAAGUCCAACUCGGUGUCGCCCUCGCCGUCCCUGGAGCAGGCGGACCCGGACGCGCUAGACAUCAGCACCAAAGUGCAGCUGUACGGCGUGCUGUGGAAGCGGCCCUUCGGGCGGCCGUCCGCCAAGUGGUCCCGCCGGUUUUUCAUCAUCAAAGAGAGCUUCCUUCUUUACUACUCGGAAAGUGAGAAAAAGAGCUUUGAAACCAAUAGACACUUCAAUAUACAUCCUAAGGGUGUCAUCCCCCUGGGGGGCUGCCUGGUGGAGGCCAAGGAGGAGCCCAGCAUGCCCUAUGCCAUGAAAAUCUCCCACCAGGACUUCCAUGUGCACCGUGGCCCCUCUUCCUGGCAGGGGAACAUCUUGCUGGCAGCGGAGUCUGAGUUUGAGCAGGCGCAGUGGCUGGAGAUGCUGCAGGAGUCGGGGAAGGUGACUUGGAAGAAUGCCCAGCUGGGAGAGGCCAUGAUCAAGAGCCUGGAGGCCCAGGGGCUGCAGUUGGCCAAGGAGAAGCAGGAGUAUCUAGACAAGCUGAUGGAGGAGACCGAGGAACUCUGCCUGCAGAGGGAGCAGAGAGAGGAGCUCGAGCGCCUUAACCAGGUGCUGGAGGCUGAGAAGCAGCAGUUUGAGGAGGUGGUGCAGGAGCUGAGAAUGGAGCAGGAGCAGAUCAAGAGGGAGCUAGAACUGACUGCAAGAUGCCUCAGGGGCGUGGAGCAAGAGAAGAAGGAGCUGAGGCACUUCACAGAGUCCUUGCAGCAGACGCUGGAGGAGCUCUCCAUAGAGAAGAAGAAAACCCUGGAAAUGCUGGAGGAGAAUGAGAACCAACUGCAGACACUGGCCAAUCCGAGCGAGCAGCCCUCUCCCAGUGGGGGUCUCCAUAGUAACCUGAGGCAGAUCGAGGGGAAGAUGCAGCAGCUCCUGGAAGAGAAGCUCCUGGCAGAGAAGCGGAUGAAGGAGAACGAGGAGCGCUCGCGGGCCCUGGAGGAGGAGCGGGAGUUCUACUCCAGCCAGUCCCAGGCGCUGCAGAACUCGCUGCAGGAGCUCACCGCACAGAAGCAGCAGGCCGAGCAGGAGCUCAAGGCUGAGGUGAAGGUCCGCAUGGACCUGGAGAAGCGCCUGCGGGAGGCCGAGGCGGCCUUGAGGAGCCUGGAACAAGGGCUCAACUCCAAGGUGCGGAACAAGGAGAAGGAGGAGCGGAUGCGGGCUGACGUGAGCCAUCUGAAGAGGUUCUUCGAGGAGUGCAUCCGGAACGCCGAGCUGGAGGCCAAGAUGCCGGUCAUCAUGAAGAACUCCGUGUACAUCCACAAGGCGGCCACCCGCCGCAUCAAGAGCUGCCGUUUCCACCGGCGCCGGUCCAGCACCUGGAAUGACAUGAAGCCGUCCCAGUCCUUCAUGACCUCCCAACUGGAAGCCAACAACAUAGAGGAGCUGAAGGAGGUGGCCAAGCGGCUGACCCGAGACCAGCGCUUCCGGGAAUCCAUCUACCACAUCAUGGUGACCCAGCCCGGACCGCCCUCAGCGCUCGCUCCUCCCCGGGGUGGAAAGUGA